GGGAGGGGGCUGGGAUACUGGGUAGCCACACUCUGGGGGCAGCUGGGACAGCUAGGCCUGGGAGGAAGAGGGCUGUGACUAGGCGGGUGGAAGGCUGGGCAGGGACACUGGCUACAUCAGAGACCCUGCAGCCAGACAGGGAGGACCCCCGGAUCUUGAUGCAGAGACUCGGCUUGCCCGGGGUGGCUCCCUGGCUGGGGCUGCCAAGCGGAGCUGGGUCGCUCCUGCCCCGACUGCCAGCAGCUCACGGCCUUGAGAGGCCGGGCCUGCGGGAGCAGCUCGUUCCUGCAGGCUGGGCACAGGCGUGCGGAGUGGGCUCCAGGGCCUGAGAGCCCAGGACAGAGCCAGGGCCUCUCUUUUUUCUGUGAUUCUGGAUCUAGGAGCCAAACAGCUCCCCGCCUCAACCGACCUCCAGAAUCCCCUGGCAACUUCCCAGUCACAGCAGGUUCCACUGCCAGAGCCAUUUAUAACUCCCAUUCCAGGAUCUGCUCGCAGCGAAGCUCCCUGGAGAGCAGGGGGAGGGGCAGCCCAGUGCUGGGAGCUGUGGCUCUGGGUUUUAGGCCCUGACCUAAGUCCCUGAGGAGGCAGAGGCAGGCAGACAGGCCUUGCUGGAAUGGGGGCUUGGGGCCUUCUCUGGUCUAUCUCCCUGAGUGACCCCCUUCCUUCCUGUGUGACUUUAGCUGUGGGUCUGGGGUCUGUUCCUUGUGUGGGGCCUCACAGAGCAGAGUCCCCAAUGAGCAGGCAGGAGGAGAAGGACGCAGAGCUGGAUCGGAGAAUAGUUGCCCUGCGAAAGAAGAACCAGGCCUUGCUCCGCAGGUACCAGGAGAUCCAGGAAGACCGUUGGCAGGCGGAGCAAGGGGGCAUGGCCGUGACCACGCCGGGGCUCCUCCGACCUGAUGGCCUCACUGUCACCAUCAGCCAGGUUCCCGGCGAGAAGCGGGUGGUUAGCAGGAACUGGACAAGGGGCACCCUCGGACCCCAAGUGGCCAAUGAGAUGCUUGAGCACGAGGACACAGAGGAUUGCAGGGGUACUUUCUGCCUGGGGCAGCGGGUGGAGCUGGCUGUGACCAUGGAAAACAAAGCUGAGGCCAAACGGAUCGUAAGUGCAAAGCCCAGCAAAGCAAGGAACCAGGGCACUGAUGGGUCAUCUGGAGGACGUGGGGGCCGGAGCCCCCCAGCACCAGUGGCCAUCAGCUCGGAUUCUGCAUGGAAGGGUGCUCGGGAGCCCCGGAGGCAGCCAGUGGGGGAGCCCCCAGAGGCAGGCUGGGACUAUGCCCAGUGGAAGCAGGAGCGGGAGCAGAUCGACCUGGCCCGCCUCGCCAGGCACAGAGAUGCACAGGGUGACUGGCGCCGCCCGUGGGACCUGGACAAGGCCAAGCCCACGCUCCGGGACUGCAGCAAGCCUGGGGAAGAGGGCCCGGCCAGGGUGGGCAGCAGAAGGGGUCCCAGGAGCCACCGGAAGCUACAGCCCUCACCAUUGCCCCCUGAUGGAAAAGGUCGAGGUGGACAAUCUGGCAGACCCUCAGUGGCAUCAGCCACAGGCAGCAAAGCCCGAGGGAAGGAAAGGCUGACUGGCAGGGCCCGAAGGUGGGACCUGAAGGAAGACAAAGAGGAGCUGGAGAGUCAGGAGGGAAACCAAAGCGCCAGACAGACAGCCAGUGAGGAGGAACGCGCACAGAGGCAGAGCGGGGUGGAGCUGGGCAGACCAGGGAGCACCCCGGCAACCAGCUCGGCUCUGGCACCCCCAGAGGGGCCAAAAGGGGAGUCAGGCGCUCCCACGGCCAUCUCCACCCCUGGCUCUCCGCAGGAGACUGAUAUGACUCCCCUUGACCUCUCCCUAGGAGGGACCAGCCCCUCUGGGCCUGCGGAGAGCACAGAGAGCACGCGUGUGCUGAGUCCAAGGCCUGGGCCCCAGGAGAGGCCCGUGUCCCGGCCAGAUGGCUCCGACCAGCCCCUGGGGUGGAAUGACCACCAGGCUGAGCUGCAAGUCCAGACUUGCUCCGAGCCACAGAGAGGAGCAGGGCCCCUAGAGCCCAGAGAAGACAGGUCUGGCAAGGCUGGGGCCCAGCAGGGCCUGGCACAGAGAAGCAGGCCCCCCAGGGGAACCAGCCAAAGGGCGAGAGGCACAGGAGGUGUGAGGAGCAGGACAGGGGGCCCUGGCCCUGCAGAAAGAUGCUGAGCAAAGCUGGGGGAGCCAGGUGGGGAGAGGAAACAGGAGAACUCAGUCUUCUAUGUGAUGGGCAUCUGGUCGUUGGUGGCUUGUGCCAGUUGGACUGAGCAGUGUGGCAAACUCUCCUUCAAGGCAACCUUGUGAGGGCAAAGAGCUGCCUCCUCCCUGCACAUCACGUGCUCAUCCCUGUGCACAUGUGUGUUUGCACGUGCAGGCACAGCCCCUGGUGUGUUCCCAUGCUGGCACCUGGUGUCUGAGGCUGCUGAGCCCUGAGCUGGGCCUAUUGCUGCCCAGGCCACAAGCCUUCUCUGCCGUGGCAAGAGACCAAGGCUUGGUCGCCCUCAGCACCUGGCUCUCCUGGCUCUCCGUCAUCCCCAGUGCCUGGCCUCCCCCUCCAGCUGCCGAAUCCUCGGGUCCAGGCAGCCUCCACAGCUGGCAUGGCCAGCCCAGGCCUGGGCCCUUUCCCAUGGCCCUGCCUUGCUCCCAGGUCACUCAGUCCCAGACUCACAGGAUGGCUGAACCAGGGGAAUCUCUGCCAGCUUCCUGCCUCUCCUGAAGAGGAGACUGAGGCCCAGAGAAAAGCUGGCACGGACUGGGCUGGGAAUAGACAAGUAGAGCUCAGGUCUUCUCCGUGAAAAGGAAGGUCUCUGGAAAGGCCUCCUCCCUGACAUCGGGGGAACCUCCUCUCCCUACAGCAGGGUGGGAGCUCACAGCCAGGCCCUCUCCCCCACACCGAGGCCAGACAUUACGGGCACCCUGAGUGGAGGCAGGGGCCUGGCCCUGCAGCCCAGGGUCACUUCUUGCCCUUUUCUACUUCCUCUUUCCUCCACUGCCCGCACCAGGGCCAUGCAAAAGCAAGGACUCAGACAGAGACUCAAGAGACGGAGAAACAGCGGCAUGACAUCAGGACUUGUCUUUCCUACUUAGUCUCCAUUCCGGCCCCUCCCCUGAGGCCCACGUCUGGUGAAUUAUCCAGACUCCGCACAAGCUGUGGCUUCCUCUCAAUUCAACAAACAUU